AUGAGCUUAAAUCGCCACGAUGCUACUCAGAAAGAGGAGUUGGGAAGUCCCGCAAAAUCGAAAUUACAGAGCCUGCCCCAAUUAUCACCAUCUCCCACGGCCAAGGAGACCAUGAAUGACCGGACCCCUUCUGUCUACGAUAUAGCCAGAACAAGAAUAGCAGAGCCCGUCACGGCUGCAUUCCUUGCCGGCGGUGUUGCGGGCGCAGUUUCCCGGACGCUCGUGUCACCUCUCGAACGACUAAAGAUCCUCCUUCAAAUCCAAAGCGUUGGCAGGGAAGAAUAUAAGCUGUCGAUCUGGAAAGCCCUCGGGAAAAUGAAACGAGAGGAAGGCUGGCGGGGCUUCAUGCGAGGGAAUGGGACGAAUUGUAUUCGCAUUAUUCCCUAUUCCGCAGUACAGUUUGGAAGCUACAAUUUCUACAAGAAGUUCGCAGAAACGACCCCGGACGGCGACAUCACCCCACUCCGCCGUCUCGUGUGCGGAGGUCUCGCCGGUAUCACUUCCGUGACGGUCACCUAUCCCCUGGAUAUCGUUCGAACCCGGCUCUCUAUCCAAUCGGCUUCGUUUGCGGAGCUUGGAAAGCACGAGCAGGAUAAAUUGCCGGGACUGCUCACCACUAUGGUCUUGAUAUACAAAAAUGAGGGCGGUAUGAUUGCUCUCUAUCGAGGCAUCGUCCCUACCGUCGCCGGCGUUGCUCCUUACGUCGGGCUGAAUUUUAUGACCUACGAAUCGGUCCGUCGAUAUCUGACGCCCGAAGGGGACAAGAACCCCAGCCCUUAUCGAAAGCUCCUGGCCGGGGCCAUCUCGGGGGCCGUGGCACAAACUUGCACCUAUCCAUUUGACGUGUUGCGCCGGCGGUUCCAGAUCAACACCAUGUCCGGAAUGGGCUACAAAUACAAAUCCAUCUGGGACGCGGUUCGAGUGAUUGUGACGGAGGAAGGGAUGCGCGGCCUCUUCAAGGGGAUCGGGCCCAACCUGCUAAAAGUGGCCCCCAGUAUGGCCAGCAGUUGGCUCAGCUUUGAGCUGACACGAGAUUUCCUCGGCUCAACCCGCACACAGAAAUGUCGCCCGUCCCAAAAACUCCUUCACUUCCAUCCCGGGUGCCCCGACCGACAAGCCAACCUCCCAGUUCAAUCAAUACCAGCAGCCAUGGGUAUCGACUUGGACCGUCACCAUGUGCGCAACAGCCACCGCAAGGCGCCUAAGAGCGAAAACGUCUAUCUCCAGGUCCUGGUGAAGCUUUACCGCUUCCUUGCCCGUCGGACCGAGUCCAACUUCAACAAGGCCGUUCUGCGUCGCCUCUUUAUGUCGCGGAUCAAUCGUCCCCCGGUUUCUCUCUCGCGGAUCGCCUCGAACAUCAACGAGUCGCAGAAGGGCAAGACCGUCGUGGUCAUCGGUACCGUCACGGACGACAAUCGUCUUCUGACCAUUCCCAAGCUGUCUGUCGCUGCUCUCCGCUUCACCGCCACUGCUCGCGCUCGUAUCGAGAAGGCCGGUGGUGAGACCCUGACCCUGGACCAGCUUGCUCUGCGCGCUCCCACCGGAGCCAACACGCUCCUCCUCCGUGGUCCCAAGAACGCCCGCGAGGCUGUGAAGCACUUCGGUUUCGGUCCUCACACUGACAAGAAGCCGUACGUGGCCAGCAAGGGUCGGAAGUUCGAGCGGGCUCGUGGCCGCAGAAGGUCUCGUGGCUUCAAGGUCUAA